UUUUGUAUCCUUUUUAAUCCAUAAAAUUUUCACUUCACUUCCUCUCUCUACUCUCUCUAUCAACGUGAUCCGUGAACAGAUGAACGCUCCCCGGCGAGUUUCUUACCGUAAUUUCAGUUUUCCGUUUCCGGCGACCUCCGUUCCGUGAAAUCACCAGUAGCUUAAAGUUGAGCUUUCUACGUUAUUUUUCGCACACAUAUUUUUUCACCUACUACUGUGUGAAACCUGCGGCGGUACCUGCGGCGGUGGCAUUGUCAGGUGGUCCUGCAUACCGUUGAUACUGUGAAGAUUUUAGCUGAAGCUUUUCAGUUUUUGCUUUUCCGUACUCUCUUCCGAUCUCGCUUUUUGUAAGGUGGUGAGAUGAAUGGGUUUCAGAGUGGUAAAAAUAGCAAUCUCGAUAAACCUUUUCCAGGAUGCUUGGGACGAAUGGUGAACCUUUUCGAUUUGAAUUCUGGGGUGGCAGGAAACAGGAUGCUUACAGAUAAACCACAUGGUUCUCUUUCAAGGAGCCAAUCAGAUGUUGUCAGGACGUAUCCUUCUGAGGAUCAAAUAGAGGAAAAUAUGAUUUUUUCAGAUUUGAAGAGAAACAGUUCAAACAAGAAAACAAAUGGAACACCAAUGAAGAAGCUUAUAGCCCAAGAAAUGUCCAAGGAAAUAAACUCUUGUCAGAAUCCACCUAGUGUUGUUGCCAAGUUGAUGGGCCUUGAUGCUUUUCCUAUGCGGAGAUCUGUUUCAGCUGCACGAAGUCAUUUUGGAGGUCAUUCACGAAGUCAUACUGAUUCCUCUUUCAGUUAUUGCCAGCACGAAAAUGGUUCCUUGAUGGAAGAAAUGCAUAAUGUUAAUCAAUAUGCAGAGCAGAAUGAAUAUAAGGAUGUCUAUGAAGUUAGGCAGCCACCCACGAAGAUAAAUUGUGGGAGAAGCAAAUCUCCCCAAAAGGCAAAAGACGAUGAAACCAGUAUUGACAAGAAGGUAGCCUUUGUUCGUCAGAAGUUCAUUGAAGCUAAAUGCCUCUCUAUAGACGGAAAACUUCGCCAGUCUAAAGAAUUCCAAGAAGCAUUGGACGUUUUAAGUUCCAACACAGAUCUAUUCCUCAAAUUUCUGCAAGAACCCAAUCCUAUGUUUUCGCAGCAUUUACAUAACUUGAAGUCUGUACCUCCUCCUCCUGGGACAAAGCGAAUAACUGUUCUUAGACCAUCAAAGAUGGUGGAUAUUAGUAGAUUUGGUGAAUCAGGAAACACAAAUGAAAAAGAGAUGAAGAGAGCCACCCAGCUGGGUCAGGGAAACAGGGUAGACAAAAGCCAUUGUGCGAGUUCCCCUCCCGCAGCAGGUUGGAAUAUUGACGAAAAUCCUGCUCAACCGACAAGGAUAGUGGUGUUGAAACCAAGCCCUAGCAAGACCCACAACUGCCGGACUGCAAGUUCUCCACCUUCAGCAUCACCAAGAGCAUCAGAAACUGAAAUGAACUUUGUGAACAUAGAGGAUAAUGAAGCUGAGGACUCAGGAGAAGUGGCAAUAGGCAUUACACAGAAGAUGCGAGAAAACCUUGGUGGACAUAGAAGGGAUGAAACCUUGCUUUCUUCCGUGUCUUCCAAUGGCUACAUUGGUGACGAGAGUUCAUUUAACAAGUCUGAAAAUGAGUAUGUAGCAGGAAAUCACAGUGAUUCAGAAGUCAUAUCACCAGUUUCUAGGCACUCUUGGGAUUACAUUAAUAGAUUUGGCGGCCCUUAUUCUUGCUCUUCCGUGAGCCGUGCAUCUUAUUCCCCAGAAUCUUCAGUUUCUAAAGAAGCCAAGAAGCGACUUUCAGAGAGAUGGGCAAUGGUGGCAUCUAAUGGAAGUUGUCAAGACCAAAGACAUCUGCGCAGAAACUCCAGUACAUUAGGUGAGAUGCUUGCUCUUUCUGACACGAAGAAGGCCGGAGGAAUAGAGCAGGAAAGUAGCAAAGAAGAACCCAGAACUUCAAAUUCCAACUCGAUGAGUAAUUCCAACUGUGAUGAAGGUUUGGAUCAGUCACCUAGAAACCUCUCAAGGUCUAAAUCUGUUCCUGUAUCUUCUACUGCAUUUGGUACGCAGUUGCAUGUGGAUGUUCGAGGUCCUGAUACAGGAAAAAACAACCUUCCCAAAGACACAACAAAGCCAAGAAGCACAAAACUGUCACUGAAAAAUCUAUUGUUCUCAAGGAACAAAAAACCAAGCAAAGACGGCGUGAACCAUUUGCAAUCCAGCGAUGAAAUGCAGUCUGGUGACAAGUCUUCACAUUGUUCUGCAAAAGUUGACAAAGAUAAAAUUGAAUACCUUAAUGUUCCAGGGCUUGAGUGCUCAUCAGCUGACCUUGAUAAAUCACCAGGCAAACUAGUUUCCCAGAAUUUGUUUGGCGAGCGAGGCAUAAUCUCUCCUGAGCAGGUUGGGCUAUUUGUAUCAAAAUCUUUGCCCUCGGGAAACCAGUGUGAGAGCCAGGACCAACCAAGUCCUAUAUCUGUUUUGGAGACAACAUUUGAAGAGGAUGAACAUCCAACACAUAUAUCCUUUGGCAGGACUAAGCCAGAUCAUCAUGGUGGUGAGUUGUCUGUUGACCCUAUAAGGUGCAAUCUGAUUGACAAAUCUCCUCCAAUAGGAUCAAUUGCUCGUACUCUGUCAUGGAAUGAUUCCUGUGUAGAUACAGCCAGUUCAGUUUGUUUAAGACCGUCCACAUCCAUUCAGCGUACAGAGGAAGAAGAAAAAGAAUGGUUCUCUUUUGUUCAAACAUUAUUAACGGUGGCUGGCCUUAAUGAAGUGCAAUCUGAUGCAUUCUUGUUAAUGUGGCAUUCGCCUGAAGGCCCUUUGGAUCCAUCACUAAGAGAAAAAUAUGUUGAUCUGAGCGAGAAGGAUGUACUACACGAGGCCAGGAGAAGACAAAAGAGAUCAAUCCCAAAACUUGUAUUUGAUUGUGUAAAUGCAGCACUGAUGGAAAUUGCAGGAUAUGGGCCAGACACUUGCCAAAGAGCCAUACCUUAUAGUGGGGUCAGUAAUAAUGUGCCAGAAGGAGCUAAAUUGAUAUUGGUAGACCAGGUGUGGACCCGAAUGAAGGAAUGGUUUUCGAGCGAGAUGAAAUGUCUCUCCGAUGAUGGUGGGGACGGAAACAGCCUGGUGGUGGAUGGAAUGGUGAGGAAGGAGGUAGUGGGGAGGGGGUGGCUUCAAUAUUUGAGAUUAGAAUUAGAUAAUGUAGGAAUGGAAAUUGAAAGGAAGUUGCUAGAAGAGCUUGUGCAUGAAUCCAUCGUUGAAUUGACAGGUAGAGUGUGAUAAGGCUUUUCCACUUAUUUUUGUUUCCCUGUCUCAAAUUAUAUAAACAUCAUCUCCUGUAUUAUUGAGUUUGCCAACAAUGCUGCAAUCAUUGUUUAUAUUGCAAAUAUUUGCAUUUUUGUAAUGUUUUACUUCUAGAAUUGUGUUGCAUCUUAUGCUUUGACUGUGAUUAU